CAUAUCUUAUGUAAUGAUAUCGCAUACUAUUGUCAUUACUAUCGUGUCAUUGAAAUUCACUGUAAAUUCACGUCUCAUAUGAAACUCAACACUCAUUUGAAUCGCUAUUUGCGAUACGAGUAGUCAUUAAACACAUCAUGCAUUUAACGAUCACCUGAUCCUACCAUCAGUACAACACCCGCACCAUCGAUGGCCACAACGUCUUCAGUGGUGGACACCAUCGAUGAUAAGGACAGUCAGUGCCAGUCGUCGGGCAGACCCGCGCUCACCAUCGACGCCAUCGACGAUGAAGUAUUGGAUCCGCGGAUUCGCGACAAACUCGAAGAACUCAACGAAUUCACGGAUAAUAUCAAUAAACUCGAGAAACAAUUUGAGGAGUUGAACGCCUUAUUCCGCAAUACGUUGAAUGAGAAGACCUUACGGUUGAGACAAUUGUCGCAAAAACUCGGGACCAGUGUCUCAGACGCCCGGCCCUACUAUGACUGCAGGGCGCGGGUGUCGGAGCUCCAGAAGCGCUGCCAGACCGUCGUCCAGACGUACGAGAAGUCGGCGGAACUGCACGACCAGUCCAAGGAGACCAUCACUAUCGCCGAGACUAAGUUCGCCCAAAGAGGACUCACGCCUACCGGUGCUGUCGAUACGGAUUUCGAUCACUUCUGGCAAGAGAUGCUUAAUCAGGCGAACACUAAGUUCAUGGAGGCCAAGCACCUGAAGAAUGAGAGCCAAUCGGAGCACAACUUAUGUAUUCAGCAGUAUUUAGACGAACAGAAACGUCUGUCCACUUUGGAAAAGCAGCUCAAAAGUGCCAUAAAAAAGUCAAAGCCAUACUAUGAGGAGUCGGCUACAGUUCAGACAGAGCUGAACGCCAUUAAGGCUCGCAUCGAGUCGUUAAAUACGGUAAUACUGGAGGCGAAGACCAGUUACUCGAAGACCCUCCGAGACUUAGAGUCCAUAUCGGAUGAGAUACACGAGAAAAGGGCUCAACUCAUGGCUAAGUCACUGACCAGAGAGCCGGGUGUAGGGGCUGAGCGCGAAGAGACUCAUUGCGAGGCAUUUACUGAUAAUGGCGAGUCGUGCGAAGAAGUGCCACAAUUGGAUCCAUUAGACACAGAAGAAGUCAGUGAUAGGCAAGUGAUGGACAGUCUGUCGCCAAACACAUCGCUCGCCUCCCGAUCUCCACUGUUAGGCCAGUCGUCGUCGUCGUCGCUCAACACCACCGAAGACGACAGUUCUGUCGCUGCGGAGGAAUCGACGGCCACUACUCAAGCAUUUAUAGACUCAACGGACGGCCCACUUCUCGCCGGUGAUAGCGAAGAGGUGACCGCCGACGACACUACUAAUGGCAACUCAGUUAACGAUACAAACGCUAAUCGUAUCGAA